UUCCCUUUGCGAAAUCCUAACCCCAACCUUAUCUAAUGGCGCGCUUCCGGCUUCGUCCUCCUCUCUCCUCCCCUUCUUACUAUUCGAGUUCUGAAGAGGACGAAGGCCGAGAGAGCGGGUUCGGGUACGCGGAUCUGAUAUCGUCUCCCUUGAUUCUGCCAAAUCCGAGGAGGAGAGCGGCGGCGGGGGGCGGCGGGGGGGGCCCGGUCGUGGAGGUGCUGGUGGCAGCGCUGAGGAGGUCGCUGGUGAUGUGUAGCGUUGGGGCGGGGGAGGAGAGGGGCUGCUCGGCGAUGGAGAUCGGGUGGCCGACGGAGGUGAGGCACGUGUCGCACGUGACGUUUGACCCCUUCAGUGGGUUUCUCGGAUUGCCUGAUGAGCUGGAGCCAGAGAGGCUGAGACGAGUACCCAGUGCCAGUGUGAGUGUAUUUGGAGUUUCUGCAGAAUCUAUGCAGUGUUCUCAUGAUAACAGGGGGAACAGCGUGCCGACUAUUUUGCUCUCUAUGCAAAGACACUUGUAUUCACAAGGAGGUCUCCAGGUGGAAGGAAUCUUUAGAAUUAAUGCAGACAAUAGUCAAGAAGUCUAUUUCAGAGAGCAAUUGAACACUGGUUCCAUACCAGAAGGAAUUGAUUUACACUGUCUAGCUGGUUUGAUUAAGGCAUGGUUUCGAGAACUUCCCUCAGGCGUGUUAGACUCGCUCACACCGGAUCAAGUUAUGCACUGUAACACCGAAGAAGAGUGCUCGCAGCUCGUAAAGUUUCUACCACCGUCUGAAGCAGCACUUCUUGACUGGGCUAUUAAGGAAUGUUAUAACAAGAUGAAUGCUCGAAACAUUGCCAUGGUUUUUGCACCUAACAUGACUCAGAUGGCAGAUCCGUUGACUGCAUUGAUCCAUGCCGUUCAAGUAAUGAACUUCCUCAAGACAUUGAUUAUGAAGACACUCCGAGAAAGAGAGGCAGCUAAGGAAUUCAUGUUGUUACCCUUUAGUUCUGAAUUUCCAACCAGUAAUGAGGGACCCAGUACCUCAGAAGUUGCAGAUAAAUCCAGUGCAGGUAUGAGAGAUGCAGAAUCUUUUAACAAGUUCGUACACAGCAGAACACAGGCUCUGGACUUUGAUCCUGAAGAGAGUUUUCAUAGUUUUGAGAAGAAGAGCGAAGUUGAGGACAAUGAGUUCAUUUCUGGUAGAAGCUCUCCCAGUAGGGAGGGCUCU